AUGGCCAUCAACUAUCUGAUCCUGUAUUGUCUCGUUGAAGGGCAGUCCGCAUCGAAUGCCUUCUACGUCAACGCUAAACCUACGGAAGCUGUUUGUGAUUUGAAGGUCCACAUCAAGACCGAGAAUCCUAACACGUUCAUCGGAGUUGAUGCUAAGGAUCUUACCCUCUGGCGUAUUCUCAUCCCUUCCGGUAAUCUGCGCUCUGCCAUCACAGUUAAUGCCCUUGACGACGACAACAAGACUGAGCUAGACAAUCUGAGGAAACGCCUCUCCGAGGUGUUUCCCAAGAGUCCCGAUGACAACACAUACAUCCUUGUCCGGCGACCCCCUUCAGAACUGUAUUUGCCGGCCUACAAAAAAAUCCGUAUUACCGAACGCUGGCAAUAA